AUGAGCUUCAUCUUCUCCAACUCAACCAUUUUUCAUACUAGAAUCACCGCGGCACACAAAAAUGAACUCCAAAAUCACCGCUCAUUUCCAAGAAUCCAAGCAACUAAAUCUGAUCAAGAAAAUCCGACCCAACGACGAAGUUUUUUGACGUCACUUCUAGCCACUUCGGUGGCUCUAGGCCUCCAUGCCACCCCAUUUGCACUAGCUGAGAAUUGGGGUACGCGGUCGUUUCUCCGGGAGAGGUUCUUCGAGCCUGGAUUGUCGCCAGAAGAUUCGGUGGCAAGAAUUCGACAGACUGCCGAAGGACUUCAUAGCAUUAGGGGCAUGCUGGAAACCAUGUCAUGGAGGUAUGUUUUGUAUUACAUACGUUUAAAGCAAGCUUAUCUUUCACAGGAUAUGCAAACUGCCAUGACAAUGGUGCCUCAAAGCCGGAGAAAUUCUUAUAUUCAAACUGCGAAUGAAUUGGUCGAUAACAUGGCCGAGUUUGAUUAUUACGUUCGGACUCCGAAGGUGUAUGAAUCGUAUCUAUUCUAUGAGAAGACGUUGAAAUCGAUCGAUGAUCUCGUUGCCAUGUUAGCAUAA